AUGUUUAACUCGGUCAACCUGAGCAACUUCUGCUCUCAAACGCGCAAGGAGAGGAGCUCAGAAUUUGGAGAUCGACCAGGCUGCACCUCCAACCUGUACCUCCCCAGCUGCACCUACUAUGUCCCCGAAUUCUCCACUGUGUCCUCCUUCCUCCCCCAGGCCCCCUCUCGCCAGAUCUCCUACCCUUAUUCUACCAACCUCUCCCAGCCAGUCAGGGAGGUUUCGUAUGGUCUAGACCCCUCCAGUAAAUGGCAUCCUAGAAGCAAUUAUGCCUCCUGCUACCCUGCAGCUGAGGAUCUGAUGCACAGAGAGUGCCUCCCUCCUUCCUCCAGCAUGACCGAAAUGCUAAUGAAAAACGAAAGCGUCUACAGCCACCACCACCACCAUCACCACCACCACCACCCCAGCUCCAACCAUCCCUCCACAGGAUUCUACACCAGCAUGAGCAAGAACAGUGUGCUGCCCCAGGGCUUUGAUCGCUUCUUUGACAAUGCUUAUUGUGGCACUGACAACCAAACAGAGGACUGUGUGCCCAAGAGUGAUGCAAAGCUGGACACUGAUCCCCAAUCCAGUGCUCUGUCCACCGGAGGGGACCAAGGACUUGACCAGGAAGACGAGGAGGAGAACACCAACCCCGGAUCCUCAGCCUCAUCCUCGUCUGUCAACAACAAGGAGAUCAGCAAAGGCAGCAGCAGCAGUGCUCCCCGCACAAGGAAGAAGAGGUGCCCCUAUUCCAAAUUCCAGAUUCGAGAACUGGAGAGAGAAUUCUUUUUCAAUGUCUACAUCAAUAAGGAGAAGAGGCUUCAGCUGUCUAGAAUGCUGAAUCUCACCGACCGUCAGGUUAAAAUAUGGUUUCAAAACAGAAGAAUGAAAGAGAAAAAACUAAGUAGGGACCGACUGCAGUACUUUUCUGGGAACCCAUUGCUGUGA